UCUGUGGCUCCGCAGAGGGAACCAUCUACGUCACAACCCGCUACGUCACAACCAGCUACGUCACAACCAUCGCCGCUGGUCGAGUAAAGUUCGACUGGAAAUCGCUAAAUAACGUUGGAUUGUUUUUGUUUGUUCGUUGUAUUCACAAAAGGAAGCGAUGGAGGUCGACUCAGUGUUCUACACUGACCACAGUGGAAGAGUCAACGCUAACCCACUGUUGGACCAGCUUCCCAGCUACCAGUCCCUGCUGUACCGCCGGAAGUCGUCCACUGUCGCCUCCAAGCGAAGGAGCAGCUCCAGAGCCCGACUGGGCUCCUCUGGCAGCGGGAAGUGGGGCGUGAGCACAUUCGGCCGAAACGAGGAGAAACCGAGGAGUCCGGUUCCCCAAAGGCCCGUCAGGGAACUGCCCAAGACCAUGGCGGAGAAACGCACAGACAAAACGCAGCGCCAGGAGGAGAAUCAAGAGCUCGGCCGUUUGGGACGGUUGAGGCUGAGCGCCCGCAGGUUUCUGAGGAGGCUGAGGGACGAUGCUCAUGAACGGCUGAGCUCUCUGAAGCUCUGGAGGGGGGACAUCCACCUGAUAGAGGGGACGUUCGGCACAGGCAUCCUGUCCUACUUCUCCUUCCUGCGCUUCCUGGUCGCGCUCAACUUGUUCAUCUUCGUGCUUAUGUUCAGCUUCGUCAUGUUACCCAUCAUCGUAGCCCCCAGCGCUUCGGGAAACAUCACCUACAACCAGAACGCCGGAGGACCGUGCAGGGUUUAUCCAAGCAGCGCCCGUAGAGGUCUGGUCAUCUUCCACGAGCACAUUACAGAUCUGCUGUCGGGUGGAGGCUUUCUGGAACAGACCUAUCUUUUUUACGGCUACUACCAAGUGGACAAAAUAUACUUUCCGAACGGCACUUACAAUUUGCCGCUGGCCUACCUGCUGGUCACUGUAGCUUACCUGUUCCUCAGUCUCAUAUGGAUAGUUAAAAGGUCUGCCACAGGAUUCAAACAGAACCUGGUUCAGGAUGAGGAUCGCUUUCAGAGCUUCUGCAACAAGAUUUUUGCUGGCUGGGACUUCUGCAUAACAAACGAGAACGCAGUGAGGCUGAAGAGAAGCAGUUUGCUCUACGAGCUCAAGACGGAUUUGGAGGAGGAGAGGAUCAAACAGAAAAUAGCGGAUCGCACGCGUAAAGAGAAAUGUCGGAUUUACCUCAUCCGCCUCGUUCUCAACCUUUUUGUCAUCGCUGUGCUGGCAAGCUGCUUCUACAGCAUUUACGUAGCCACCGUCUUCUCCCAGAAAGAACAGAUCAAAAAUAAUAAGGAGAAUUUCAUUGUGGAUCUUGUCUAUGAGUAUCUACCAUCCAUUGUUAUCACCAUGGCCAACUUCAUCACCCCCCUCCUCUUCUCUGUUAUCAUCAACUAUGAGGACUACUCGCCUGCGUUCGAGAUCCGCUUCACGCUGAUGAGGUGUGUCUUCAUGCGGUUAACCAGUAUCGGGGUUUUGCUCUUCUCUCUGUGGUCUCAGAUCACUAAAUGUGACAAGGAGCAUUGCAUGUGUGGCUAUAACCACAAGCUUUACUCUUGUUGGGAGACCCGUGUGGGCCAGGAGAUGUACAAACUCACCAUCUUUGACUUCAUCAUCAUUGUCGCAGUCACCAUCUUUGUGGAGUUUCCCAGGAAGCUGAUAGUGAAUUACUGUGACUGUGGCCUGGCUAAGUGGUGGGGCCAGCAGGAGUUCGCUAUUCCUCAGAAUGUGCUAGAGAUCGUCUACGGUCAGACCAUCUGCUGGAUCGGCACGUUCUACAGCCCGCUGCUACCGGCCAUCUGCACUAUUAAAUACAUCUUCAUCUUCUAUAUCAAAAAGGUCUCGUUGAUGGCCAACUGCCGCCCAGCCACGCGUCCGUUCCGCGCUUCCAGCUCCAACUUCUUCUUCCUGGGCGUGCUGCUGAUAGGCCUCGCUCUGGCCUGCCUGCCCGUCUCUUUCAGUUUGGCACAAAUAAACGCUUCCCAGGCCUGUGGACCGUUUGUUAAUUACAACACCUCCUGGGAGGUGCUGCCAGCAACCGUGUCUCAGCUGCCUCAUGGAAUCAAAACACUCCUCUUUGCUCUCUCAUCCGAGGCCUUCGCCGUCUCCUUCUUCGUUGUCACGUGUUUGGCCAUGUUUUAUGUGAUCGCACUGGCUGGAGCUCACAAGAGAGUGAUUAACCAACUAAGGGAGCAACUAGCAAUGGACGGCCGUGACAAGCGUUUCUUAAUCCAAAAACUGUGCCAGGCUCAGAUGGUCUCAGGUGUCAACUCACCGGUGUCCAAAUCCCAGCCCCGCAGAAGCAGCAGCAGAAGCAGCCCCAGCUAUCACACCAGCUUCUCCAACAACUUUAAUGAAGCUGUGUUUCUGGCACAGCCGCCUCCUAACUCCUCCACGCAUGUGUGAGGCAAGGGCCUAAUAAUACAGAACAAAAGCCAGGUACUGAAUAGACAAACUGCAUGUGGGACAAAGGAUAUGAGCUGCUAUGGACCUUCUUACAUGUAUGUUUUAUUAGUAUCAUCAUAAAGCUUUUAGGCCGCAAUGUUUAAGUAUUUUUUUAAACCAAAACUAUCAUUGCUUGUCAGGUGUUUUGUGGUGGGUUUUUUCUUGUGCAUCUUUUUCCUUCUGAGAAGGACUUGCUAUAACAACUGUAGUUUGAAAAACUUUUCUAUAUUGUCUGCACUUUAAACAUAUUAACACUAGUGUUUCCUAUUUUUAUAACUUUUGUGUUUUCUGGCUUUUAAUGUGUGUUUUUACCAUUUAUCAUGAUCAAAACUACUGAGGGGAAAAAAUAAUAAUGCAAAGAACUAAUACAUUUCCACCUCUAAACAUUUCACCAACACUUUGAUUUAGUUAUUUAAAGAUUUUAUACACCCAAAUAGUAUAUAUAAAAUCUACAUCUUCAUUAAGAAAAACCCAUCAAUCUUAAGGGUAAAAUAAAACACAUAUUUAUAUAUUUUUUUAUUACAACUGAAAAAUACUGUACAAUCCAGUAUUUUUACUCACUCAAAUUUAACAAAGGUUACUUACAACUGAACAUUUUGCUUACUCCAUCCUACGCGUGUGGGGGUGUUGUAUUAUGUAACGUUGGACAAUAAAUACUGAAAUGUA